AUGUCUGUCACGUGGACCUCUGCUCUCAACAUCACUCUUCUGCUGCUCCUCGUUGCCGCCAUUGUUGUUGCCUGUUUAACACUCCCAGUUGACAAGAUUCUGAAGGACUUAUUGGUAUGGAUUGAUCGUAAUCUUGGGCCCUGGGGUCCACUUGCUCUGAUAGCUGCUUACAUUCCUUUGACUGUCUUGGCAGUUCCAGCCGCUGUACUUACUCUCGGGGGUGGUUAUCUAUUUGGCCUUCCAAUUGGCUUCAUUGCUGACUCCAUUGGUUCAACCAUCGGUGCUGUAGCUGCGUUCCUUGUUGGUAGAACAAUUGGGAAAUCAUUUGUUGUUUCAAGGUUGAAGGAUUAUCCACAGUUUAGAUCAGUAGCAAUUGCAAUUCAGAGAUCUGGCUUUAAGAUUUCGAUACUCCUUCGGCUUGCUCCUUUUGUACCAUUUAGCAUGUUAAAUUACCUCCUAUCUAUAACUCCUGUUCCAUUAGGGGAAUACACACUGGCUGCUUGGUUAGGAAUGAUGCCAAUAACACUGGCACUUGUAUAUGUUGGAACUACGCUCAAGGAUCUAUCAGAUUUGACACGUGGUUGGGGAGAGUUCUCAAAGACUCAUUUGCCUUGGAUCAUUUCUGGCCUGGUGAUAUCUGUGGUUCUAAUGAUAUGGGUUACGAAAGUUGCCAAGUCUGCUUUAGAUAAAGCCUUGGCUGAAUGUGAAGACAUGGAUGACACUGCAUCUUCACCAGAGCUACCAAUUGUCAUUGAACCUUCUGUAGAUCUCAAUCAGCCCCUCAUAAAUAAGGCCGAUCAGGAUGAAGAGAUUCAUGAAAAAUAA